UACACAAUAGCAUCGACCCCACAGUUCGAUAUCUCGACGUUAUUUGAUUAGUCCCGUUAAACGUCUCGGAACUCAGUCACUUCCUGGAUCGUGGGGGCAGUGUUAUGGGCUAGGUUACGUUAUUGGCCUACGUAUAUAUUAACGUGUCGGAAUACAACUAGAGGUGGCUUUCUGUAUAGUAUAUAAUAGACCACACUUCUAAUCAGGCAACAAGUGUUUUAGUUACGUUGCUCUUGAACUGAUUAAGACCAUACAGUGAACAGUAAUGAACGACAUGUGUAAACCAGUUUAAGUGCAAAGUAAAAUUUAAAUUCAGCAAUACUUGAGAAACAGUUUCAAAAAUAUGUUUGCUAUGAUGUCAGUCAAACACGGUUUAAAGUGUUAAAAUACUGGAGUGAUAUGGAAACUGUGUUUGCAACGGAACCUAUAGUCGUGUACAAUAGACGUCGUAAUGUUACGCUCUGGAAACGUCGAAUGUGAGAGUGUCAUCGCAGCAUGAUUCACAGGUUCAGCAAAGGCCACCGGGUCAUGUAUGCCCGCAACCAGCAGCGGUCUGCGGGCAGGGUGCCGGUGGUCGGAGGCUCGCCCAUCAACGAGGACAUGGCAGUGGCGCUGAGGACCAUCGUGUUUGGGACGGCAGUGGCGCCGCCCAGGGGCGAGUGGUUGCGGACGGGCAUCGUGUUCAGAGAGCCGGACAAGGAACUCGCCUACGGCCUCAAGGCUCCUCGUAAUGGCACUCGGGGCCUCCUGUCAGCUUUACAGGCAGAGAUAAUCAAAAUCCUGCUGUUUGAGAAGAGAGUAGAAAAUGCAAACUCCAUAGAGCUCUUCCUCAAGCCUGACGGAGCUCGACAGCUGGAGGUGUUGGUGAAGGCAAUGGGCGAGAUCCUGUGGCGAAUAGGUGAAAAGUCCAAAGUUAUCAUGUGUCUGCCACAGGACUUGAUACUCGUACCUCAUUCUGUCAACUUCUUCCAAGAUUCUCUCACCGAAAAGCUUCAUCUAUUCGAAAUCACUUCUCUAGAAGACUUACAGAUUUUCAUCAAAAGAUACAUUCAUGUGUUCUUGGAAGAAACUGGUCCAGGAACUCUCCUACUUCUAUACAGUGCAGUGGCAACCAGAGGGACUGAAAACACCCAACGAGACUUGGAAGUGGAGAAAGGAUACCUGGUGACGGGUGCAGAAGAAGGUUCACUCUGCAUUGUCACCCUGAUGUUGACUGGUCGCGCCACCCCGUACCUGCACAACGGUGUCGUGUAUGUGGGCGAUGAAGAGCACUACGCUGUUCCCCAGUACGGUAUCUUGGCCCGCAGUGAGGUCGGAUUUCUGCUUUAUGAAGAGGGUGUGGAGGAACGCAUGCCUGGCUCAAGACUCAAGACACCAUCGUUGCCCAUCUGGGUGGUUUGCAGCCAGGGGCACUUUGGUGUCAUGUUCAACACCAACAGAGAACUACUCAGGAACUACCAUGCCGAGAGGAGGUUUGAACUCCACUACUACACGUGCGGGGGCAGUCAGUGCCAGCUGAUAGUAGACACCCGGCAGGAGGAGCCUCAGUCUAACAAUCACAGUGAGCAAGAUCAAGCUGCCAUCAGCGCCUUCAGCAACAUCGAGAAACUGGUCCACACUAAGUUAGUAACUCUUCUAUACUAUACUACUAUAGUAUUUAUCGAACUUUACUACUAUACGUGCGGGGGCAGUCAGUGCCAUCUGAUAGUAGACACCCGGCAGGAGGAGCCUCAGUCUAACAAUCACAGUGAGCAAGAUCAAGCUGCCAUCAGCGCCUUCAGCAACAUCGAGAAACUGGUCCACACUAAGUGGCAAGAUGCAAGAAUCCAAUGGAUUGGAACAACACAAUUCAUUUAAGAAUAACCAACCAAAUUACUUCAAUCAUUUGAAUAAACAUGUGUGUAUACCACUAUAUAUAUAUAUA